GCGUCUCUCCUCAAUAUGACGACAGAGAUCACUUACGCUGAAGUGAGAUUCAAAAACGAAGCCAAGGCCUCGGGCACCCCAUCAGAGGCUCCUGCAGCUCCCAAAGAGAAGACUAGCCCUACCCCAAGUAACUCUCGUAACUUCAAACUACUUCUUGCCGCAGUGGUGAUUCUUCUGCUGCUGACAAUCUCAUUUUUUAUCGCCUUUGUCAGUUUUUUCCCAAAAUAUUCCAAACUUGUUCAAGAACAAAAGUUUGCACAAGAACUGACUCAUACAGCGUUGGAAUGUAAGAAAGCAAAUUUGACCAUGAAAGUUAAAUCCUGGAGCUGUUGCCCAAAGAAUUGGGAGCCAUUUGGUUCAAGUUGCUACUUUAUUUCUUCUGAGACAAAAAAUUGGACUGACAGUGAGAAGAACUGUGAAAGGAUGCAGGCGCAUCUGCUGGUGGUCGACAGCAAGGAGGAGCAGGACUUUGUUAAAAAUCUUUUGAUUAGUGGUUCUUAUUAUUUGGGGCUGUCGGAUCUGAAGAAUGGUCACUGGGAAUGGGUUAAUGAGACCCCGUACAAUCAAAGUGCCACGUUCUGGCACCCAGGUGAACCCAGUAAUGGCAAUGAACACUGUGUUGUGUUGCGAUUUAAUUCCUUCUGGGGCUGGAAUGAUAUCUCUUGUUACUUGCCUCAGAAUUCAAUUUGUGAGAUGUUGAAGAUCUACUUCUGA